AUGUCGGGCCAAGCUCAAGGUCAAGGCGGAGGUGGAGGAGAGACUGUCAAUCUCGACACGCUCAGCGCACCGCAACUCAGCCAGGUCAAGAAGCAGCUCGACGAGGAACUUGAGCACCUGACGUCCUCUUUUACACAGCUUGCUGCUGCUCAGUCCAAGUUUCGAGAAUGCCUCAGGUGUGUGCAGGGCGGCAAGUCACCUGCCCUUGAGGAGGACAAGUCCAUUCUCGUACCCCUGACCAACUCACUCUACGUUCGAGGAAAGCUGGCCAGUGCCUCGCAUGUCAUUGUCGAUGUUGGCACCGGUUUCUACGUCGAGAAGGAUAUCAAGUCGGCCACCGACUUCUAUACCAGCAAGGUAAAUGAAGUUGGCAGCAAUAUCAAGGAGUUGGACAACAUCAUACAGUCCAAGACCAACAAUGUGCGCGUGAUAGAAGAGGUUCUAAGACAGAAGAUGGCGGCCGCACCACAACAGCAGCAGCAACAACAAGCCUGA